AUGUCAUCCAAUGAUCUUUCGUUUGAAGAGUCAGAUGAGUAUUCUAAGCCACUUAUAAUUGAAACGAAAAUGAGUUCACUUUCUAUAUCAUCUGGUCCAGAUUCUAAAAAAAAUUUAAAUGAUACAAACGAUGACUAUUUAUCAGAUAUUAAACCAUUAGAAUUUUCAAUUAAGAGAAGAAAGGAGAAAAGAAGGAAUAACCAAGCUUCAAAUACUGUGGUAGAUGAAAGUAUUAAUAAUGGGAGAUCAGCAAGGAAAACUAAAUCACAAGUGCAAGCUCGACUUCAUGGAAAUACACUUUCUCAAACUAAAAAGAAAAACAUUUUUGAUGAAAUUAGUUUAUUUAAUAAUAUUGAUAUUGUCCAAUUUGAACGAAUUUUACGAGAGCCUUCUCAUAUUAAAAUGUUGAAAAAGACAAAAGGAAUCAAACAGUUUAGGAGACUAUUUUUAGCGCAGGAACUGCAGGCCCCCCUAGACAAUGAUCUAAAUACAACAUCUUUAUUAGAUAUCAAAUCAUCGCCUCCCUUAAGUCCUUAUGUCGGUAUAACGAAAGAUGAUGAUAUCUUAGAGAGUUCUACCCUUCAUACACACUCACGCUUAGUAUCACCAAUAGAUUCACCUAGACCAUCUGCUGAACGCUUAGCUUAUCAUAACAAUGAUAUUAACAACAAUAAUAAUAACAAACCUACUUCAAAAGCUAUAUGGACAACACAAUUUAGUAGCGAUGGAAAAUUCAUGGCUACAGGGGGGAAGGACUGUACUAUUGCUAUUUGGAAAGUUCUAAGUACACCUGUGGAAAGGGUAUGUGUGAGAUCAGGAAGCAAUUCUACCAAUGAUUUAAGGACUAAAAUAUUAAGAUCACAAAAUAUGUCUAAAUCUUCUUCAAGUUUGGAAAAUAUUCAAGAAACUAUGAAUAGCGAUUCUACGAAACAUCUAUUUGCUCCUGUAUUUGAUCCUAAGCCGUACAGAUUAUAUAAAGAACAUACACAUGAUAUUUUAUCAUUGGAUUGGUCGAAAAAUAAUUUUCUACUUUCUUCCUCUAUGGAUAAUAAUGUAAAGUUAUGGCACCCCGAAAAACCAACAUCCUUAAAGACAUUUAGACAUCCAGAUUUUGUUACAUCGGUUGCCUUUCAUCCAACCGAUGAUAGAUUCUUUAUUAGUGGAUGUCUUGACCACAAAUGUAGGCUGUGGUCUAUUUUAGACCAUCAAAUUACUAAUGAAUUUGAUUGUCAGGAUCUCAUAACAUAUGUUACUUUUUCUCCUGGUGAUGCCAAAUAUACUAUUAUAGGAACAUUCAAUGGAUUUGUAUUUCUUCUUUCAACUCGCGAUUUGAAGCCAAUUUAUUCAUUUCAUAUCACUGAUACUUCAACGCAAAGAUUACAAAACUCUUGUAUUUUUCCAGAUCAAUAUAGGAAAUAUUAUCAUGGACCACGUAUUACUGGUAUUGAAUUAUUUAUUGAUGACAAUGAUAAUUCGUUAAGAGCUAUUAUCACGUGUAAAGACUCAAAAAUUAGAGUAUUUAAUCUAAGGACAAAGAAAUUGGUAGAGACGUUGAAAGGAUUUGAUAAUGAACAUUCAUCGCAUGUUGCACAUAUUAGUGUAUCUCAAAUUGAAGCUCCUAUUGUAUUAUCAAGUAGUGAUAAUGGUUGGGUUUACUGUUGGAAACUGAAAUCCUAUGUUAAUGGGCAACAACCAAACUUGGCAAAUGAUAAGAGUUCUGAAAGAAGGAAUAUUAGUAGAUCAAGAAGUUUUAAGAAUAUAUUUAAUACAAUAAGUAGGUCAUCUAGUCAAAAAAGUAUUACCGAAGAUCAACCACGGUCAUUCAACCUUUUGACAUAUUCCAAUGAGACUAUUUCUACAGCAUCAUCCAGCACAACUUUACAUUCUUCAACACACUCAAGACAUAAUAGUAUAAAAGUUUCUUCUUUUUUACACCCGUCAUCAUCUUUACCGUACUCUAACUCACCUCUUAAGAAUAAACAUUACAUCGCUUUUAAAGCUCACCAAAGUGCAGUCACCACAGCUAUAAUGGCUCCAAUAGGAACAUCUAAAGCACUAUCACUAUCCAACGACAUCUUAUGUGAAUUGUCUCUAGAGUUUUUUUAUAAAAGUAGGGAUCAUGAAGCGAUCAAUUCAUCACUUUCAAUGAGUAAUAUUUCUGUUAACUCAGAUACAAUGUUUAAUGCUGUGAAAGCUAUUGGUACUAUUUUAGUAACUACUGAUAACAGAGGUAUAAUCCGUAUUUUUAGAGCAGACCUAUCCUCAAAAUUAAAAAACAUAAUUCUGAAAAGUUUACAAGAUUAUAAACUAGAAAAAGGGUACCAUUCCAUGAAUGCACUGAAAUUAACAUCACCAUCCCUGCAUAGGAGCAACAGUUUACAUUCUGCAUUAUCAAACAUCAUUAGGCCACACUCAUGUAAUAAUAUGUAUGAUAUCCAUGAAAACCCCGAAAACAAUGAUAAUGUAUUAGAUUCAACAACACAUAAACAACAAAUUUUCCCAAAAAGAUCAAAAUCAUUUACUCAUGUACGUCAUUCACUAUCUGCAUUAACACCAAGCCAUCAUUCAUCCUUUUCAAAAGGAUCAAGAUUCCAUAGGAAUCAUAGUUCAACAUCUUUGGCCUAUUCGAUAGAGUCAGAAAACUCUAUUAGCAGGUCCUCUUUGAAUGGUUUAGAAUGUGAUAUCUGUAAAGGAACAAAUUUUGAACCUAUGAACAAUGAUUCCACCAUUCUUUCUUCACAUCUUAAUAAUAACACCUUAAUUUGUAAAGAUUGUGGAACAAUUUGCAAUAAUUUUAGAUAG